UUGACAUCUGUGUCUCUUAUCAGAGUUCCCCUACACCCAUCCAGAUCUCACUCAGACCGGCUCAUCUUUCUGGUCAAAGGAUAGUAAAAGGAGAUCCUACCGCUUGCCCCAACAUUUCCUAAAGAUAUCACAAAAGCAGCAGUCUGCUCUGCCUCUCGGUCUUUCCACAGAAGGUCGAUGUUCUUCCUUCCGCCCUUCUGCUGAAGAGGAGUUGUUAUACGGCAAGAAAAUGGUUCCCUGGACAACAGUUCUUGAGAAGAUCUAAUUGACUUCCUCGAUUGGUAUUGGGUUGUGAUCGGUGGAAGGUGGUGGUGGUGUAGGAUUCAACUCUCAGAUGGAACCAAAUCAUUCUUUCUUGGUUCUUUGGAUAAUUCCACACAAGAAGAGGUUCUAAACUUUCCAGAGAGGAGAAGGGAAGAAAAGAAGCUGGCAAACAAGUGGUGGGAGAGAGCAGAUGCGGCGGCAAUGGCCGGAAUGGAGCCCGGCGGCGGCAGCGGAGGCUCUUCUCGCUACCUCCAUCACCUUCUCGGCCCACCGCAACAGCCUGCUGCGCCAUCGACCCACAUCCCACCCGAGGAAUCCAAGCCUUCCUCGGAAGAAAGCCCAAAUCUUUCGGCGGACCUGGGUGAAGGCGACGGCGAUCAACCCUCCACCUCCGCAGCGGUGGGAGGCCCCGUCCGACGCCCCCGCGGCCGGCCCCCGGGCUCCAAAAACAAGCCAAAGCCGCCUAUUAUCGUCACGCGCGACAGCCCCAACUCCCUCCACUCCCACGUGCUCGAGGUGGUCGGCGGCUCCGACGUAGUCGAGUGCGUCACUGACUACGCCCGGCGGCGCGGCCGUGGUGUCUCCGUCCUCAGCGGCUCCGGCGCUGUCGUCAACGUCGCAAUCCGCCAGCCCGGGGCGCUGCCGCCGGGAAGCGUGGUUGCGACUCUCAGGGGUAGGUUCGAGAUCCUCUCGCUGACGGGGACCGUCCUCCCGCCGCCAGCGCCACCUGGCGCCGGGGGCUUGACCAUAUUUCUCUCUGGAGGGCAAGGGCAGGUAAUCGGGGGCAGUGUCGUUGGCCCUCUGGUGGCGGCGGGCCCGGUGGUGCUGAUGGCGGCAUCGUUUGCAAAUGCCAUGUACGAGCGGUUGCCGUUAGAAAUCGAGGAGGAAGUGGCAGCGGCGGUCGAGGGGCAGCAACCAGUGGUUUCGCAGUCGUCAGGUGUUACCGUCAGUGGCGGUGAAGGAGGUGGCGGUGGAGUCGGUGCCGGCGGCGUUCCUUUCUACACUUUGGGUGGGGGAAACAUGGGGAAUUAUCAGCUUCCGGGUGAUCCAUAUGGGUGGGGUGGUGGUGUUCGUCCACCGUUUUGAUUCCACAAGGAGUCUACUACUACUGCUAAUUGAUGUCCGUUAUAUACACACUACCAUCAAAGAAGAAGAAGAAGAAGAUUAAAUGGGGUUCAUACUUUUUCUUUCCGAUCAUUUUGGGUGUGGAUUCGAAGAUGGUUUCUUUGAACCACUUUUCUGAUUCCGUUGGUGAUGAUCGUGUCAUCGGAGGCAUGUUCUUAUAUGGAACAAAGGAAAGAGUUGGGAGAGAGAGGAGCAGAAGGGACUGCUUGAAGAAUGCUUCCCGAACUAAGUAGCUUCAGUUUGCAUGUAAUAACACAAGUGAGUACCGGCAGUCAUUUACAUUUUUUUUGUUUUCUUUCUGUCAUUUGAUGUCAUUCUCUGUGUUGUGGACAUUGUUCUUCUGUUGCAUGCUCGUAGGGUCUCCCUGUUGUACCACAGCCAUGCUCCUCCUAUUUAGACAGUUCCUAUGUAGACCAUUCAAACCAUUCUUAACUGAUAUCAUCCGCAGGACGUUUGGUGCUUUCA